GCAUGAUCCAAAUCUGACCAGAUUUCAUUAACGUGAAGAAGGAAAUGAGCCAUGAGAUCAUAGACGAAGGAAGGUCAGAAUCUAAAUUCAGUGGCUCUGUGGGUAUCAGGUGAAAAACAAAAAUCUAAAUUUCGUCAAGCUCCUUGUCUUUUGACUAAAUGUCCAAGAUCGACACACGUUGCCAAAGAUACCCCGAUUUGAGUGAUUAAGGUCUAGAACCGUGAGAAGACCCGAUUCUUAAUGAGGUUGAACCUAAAUGUGAGGCUGUAGGUCUUUCCACCUUAAAAUGCUUAACGAGCACAUGUUCACUUUGGGUACUGCCUUCUCUGACGACAACGACUUCUUACUUCUUUUUCGCGCUAUUUUAACAAACAGGGAAAAGGGCAACUCGUCUUGCGGGUUCUUCAGACUCACAAAAGUACUAGUUAUUUAGUACAAAAAAGACUCGGACAGAAUGGUGGUCAAGACGGAUUUGUGCAGCUACACCGAGUACAAGAUCUACCCGGGACGUGGUCAGAAGUUCGUCGCCAAGGAUGGUAAGGUUUCCUUCUUCCUCACCGCCAAGGCCGACUCCUUGUUCCACCAGAAGAUCAAGGCCGUCAAGCUCACCUGGUCCCAGGCUUGGAGACGCAUGAACAAGAAAGGUACAGAUUGAUUUGGCUUUGCUUUUUCUCUUUUUUCGGCCACAUUUAGUGGAAUAGCAAAAUUUAGAAGAUUUAGAUUGUCUCUGGCAUAUCGACCCAGAUUUAGGUUCGACUAUAGCAGUGAUUGCGUGUUGCGAAAGUUCGAAAUGUUAGUGUUCUCCGUGGACGCAAAGGCGAAGUCUCAGCUGUAAAAGCUCGUUUGUACCAAAAUAUCACCCAGACUCUUUCCUCAUACUCUCCAAUCUAAAUUCUCUCAGGUAAGCUCGAGGUCAACACUCGUCGUGCCAAGAAGAAGGGCGCCAAGCAGCAGAAGGUACUUAGAAUGUGAAGAGCACCUCCUACUGAUAACGAAGGUAGACGCCCAUCCUCGCAGUUUCUCAUUCUGUCCUGACUGAAGUGUGUAUUGGAAAUGUUGUUUAUCAUUGGUAUCUGACGACGGGUGUCAAGCAAUCUUUCAAAAUCUACGAAAUCAAACCUAAAACCAACAGGCUAUCGCCGGUCUCACCCUCGAGGAUAUGAAGGCCAAGCGCAACCAGCGUGACAACUUGCGUCAGCAGGCUAAGGAGACCGCUGUGAAGGAAGCCAAGGCUCGCCAGACCAAGAAGGCUUCCAAGCCGCAGCAGGCCAAGCCGCAGCAGAACAAGCAGCAGAACAAGGCUCCUCAGCAGAAGUCCAAGGCUGGCGGCGCCGCCAAGAACUUCAAGGGAAAGAUGUAAGAGCAUCAUCUUCUACAACGUCAUCAUCAGUCUGUACUUGGAGAGCCUGAAGCACAACAUUGUCGAUGGUAUUCGAAGCGGCAGUGUGUAGCAGAGUCUUGGGACCGUGACUGUCUAAUUUCUUUCGAAUUCGGAAGCUUGUGGCGGCACAUCUGAUCGCAUCUGAUGCAAGAACAGGAUCGGAUCAUGAACCAAGAACACUCGUUUUGAUUAUCUGAGUCUGAGAAGGAGACGAGUCUGACAAAAGGGGAAUGGUACAGCCGCGCGGCGUGUGUGCCAACAGACGAAAACAGAGAAAGAAUACUGGUGUUCGUGGGCAAACGGCGCCUCUAUUGCAC